AUGGCACUGGAAGACCGAUCAAGUCCGAACGCGGCAUCCAGUCCGAAUCACAUUGAACAAUCCGACAGCCCUGAAUCCACCAGGACCUCCUUUACAUGCACGACAAUAAAUAAUCACGAGGGAAGUACGAAAAGUUGUUCGGAUUUGGAGAGAUCUUUUUUCAGAAUAACUUCGUUCGCUCUAUCCAGUCCGAAAAGUGAUUUCAGAUCACCGUCACCUUCUUCUUCUUCUUCAUCUUCUUCUUCUUCUUCCGAACGAAACGAACCGGCAAUACAGACAUUAAAAUAUUCUAUAAAUAAUAUAUUGAAGCCGGAAUUUGGGAAAUCGGCCGUUCUGAAAACUCGAUCUGUUUUAUUUAAACCGUACGAAAAAUCAGAAGACAGACCCGCGAGUUCGCUGGGUAGUUUGUGCCAGACUGUAUCGCAAAUAGGAAGUUUCAUUAAAGAAAACUCCAGGCCGAAAAGUCCAGUUAAAACUUUGCCGAAUCUCGAAGAUGUGAAGAAAGAUCAGGAAGAUGGUGGCGUGCCGACGCUUUGGCCCGCUUGGGUUUACUGCACACGGUAUUCUGACAGACCCAGCUCUGGUCCUAGAUCGAGAAGAAUGAAGAAAAGCACGAAAACUACCGAGGACAAACGACCGCGAACUGCGUUUUCCAGUGCUCAACUACAAAGAUUGAAGCACGAAUUCAACGAAAACAGAUACCUAACCGAACGAAGAAGACAACAACUGAGUGCCGAGUUGGGUUUGAACGAGGCCCAAAUAAAAAUUUGGUUCCAAAAUAAAAGGGCGAAAAUCAAAAAAUCGUCCGGACAAAAAAACGCACUCGCCCUUCAGCUGAUGGCUCAGGGAUUGUACAAUCAUUCGACCGUGCCCUGCGACGAAGAUGACAUGCCCUUAUCGUCGUAA